AUGCUAAGGAGAAUCUUCUGAAGUGACUAUGCAAUUGACUGUUUCAUUUCUAGUUCUCUGAGCUUUUACUAAACAUUUCAAACUUUGUUCUUACAGAUUGCAUUUUAGUCACUUCCCUGAAGACAGCAUUCGACUACACCCCCGUUUGUACAGUCCAAUAGACAACAAGAGGAAAGACCCAGGUCUCAGCUGAGGAACACAGCAGAGGCUGCGGCCCUUCAGUGCCUGGACUGAGCUGUUGCCCAGAGUGCUGGCUCUUGGUGUGUCAGAAAGCCUAAGGAAGGCUGUUCUCAGCACACUCACAGAAGCUGACUGGUACAUUCUACCACAGCUAUUCAUUUAUUAAAAACAAAACAAAACAAAACAAAAAACAAAAAAACCGCUGUCUCCUCAAUCCUGUGUGUAUAUAUAUAUAUUGGAGUUUUGUGUUUAAAUUGAAGCUAUGAAGUCUAAGUCCAACUGUGCUCAGAAUCCAAAUUGCAACAUAAUGAUAUUUCAUCCAAACAAAGAAGAGUUUAAUGAUUUUGACAAAUACAUUGCUUACAUGGAGUCCCAAGGAGCACACCGAGCUGGCCUGGCCAAGGUCAUCCCACCAAAAGAAUGGAGAGCCAGGCAGUCUUAUGACAAUAUCAGCAACAUCUUAAUAGCCACACCCCUGCAGCAAGUGGUAUCUGGCAAGGCAGUUGUGUUCACUCAAUACCAUAAGAAGAAGAAAGCUAUGACAGUGGGGCAGUGCCCCCCCCUGGCCAAUAGCAAAAAAUACCGGACCCCACCACACUUGAGUUUUGAAGAUCUGGAGAGAAAAUACUGGAAGAAUCGCCUCUAUGAGUCACCAAUUUAUGGUGCUGACGUUAGCGGCUCCCUGUUUGAUGGGAAAACUCAACACUGGAACGUGGGACACCUGGGAACAAUUCAGGACCUGUAGGAACAAGAACGUGGCAUUGUGAUUGAGGGCGUCAACACGCCCUACUUGUACUUCGGCAUGUGGAAGACCACCUUCGCCUGGCACACGGAGGACAUGGACCUGUACAGCAUCAACUACCUGCAUUUUGGGCAGCCCAAGACGUGGUACGCAGUGCCCCCUGAGCAUGGCCGGCGCCUGGAGAACCUGGCCAAACAGCUGUUCCCGGGCAGCUCCCAGGGCUGCCAGGCUUUCCUGAGGCACAAGGUGGCACUCAUCUCUCCCACUGUGCUCAAGGAGAACGGCAUCCCCUUUGGCCGCAUGACCCAGGAGGCUGGGGAGUUCAUGGUCACUUUUCCCUAUGGCUACCACGCUGGCUUCAACCAUGGCUUCAACUGUGCAGAGGCCAUCAAUUUUGCCACCCCGAGGUGGAUCGACUAUGGCAAGGUGGCUACUCAGUGCAGCUGUGGGGAGGCCAGGGUGAGCUUCUCCAUGGACGCCUUUGUGCGAAUCCUUCAGCCUGAGAGAUACGAGCUGUGGAAACGUGGCCAAGAUCAGGCAGUUGUGGACCACACAGAGACUAUGGGAUCUACUAGUCAGGAGCUCACCCCAGGGCGGGUGAUCCAAGCACCAAGAAAAACUCGGGGACUGAGGGAUCUCCGGCUUCGCCAGGUCUCACACUGUCUUCUGCCGAUAGCCACUGGCAGUAAGAUUCCUUGCAGCUACAGGCAACAAUCAGAUGCUAUAGUUGAUGAGUUCCAGAAGCCUCAUCCAGCCCCAGGCUCACAGCCUAUGCGGGGUCUGUCUUCAGGUCACUACACGUCAACUGGAAGGCGUGGUCUUGGUCGACGCCAUAGUGAAUUAGGAGUUCAGGAGUGCAUCAAUGAGGCUCCAGUUAAGAGGCGCUUGCCAGCAGGCAGGGUAGACAUAAGUCUGAACCCAGACCUUCUGUCCGAGUCUGUGAUUGAGGACUUGAUAGUCAAACCUGUGCCUGUGAGCCCUGGCCCACAGCAUCCAGUGACAGCGUCUGAAGGUGGAUUGAUCUCUGACCCCUAAACAUAUGUCCUGCCUUACAGCUAGCUCAUUGCUUUGCACUCAGGAAGCUUGCUAAGGCCAUCACCUCUGGGUUUUGGCAGAGUUGGCAGGACACUGACCACGCCUGGGAGAGCUCCUUGUCAGUUCUACAUACUACACUCAUGUGUACCUUCCUCAAUCUAGAACUUGACAAGCCUCUGGAUACUGGUAACUCCCAGGCUUCCAGCUGAAGUUGCAUUGCCUGGUCAUUUUGGGUUUCUGAGAGCUGAGUGUAGCAGAUGCUGCUCAAAACUGACCUUCAUGCUCUGGGACAACAAAGGAGAAAGCUGAGAAUUCAAGUUUCCCUCCCUCUCUUGCAUUUCGUGAAAAAUGUCAAACUUUGACAACUAGAUUAAUAGUCACAAAAAAGUAGUC